ACCCAGGCUUCAGGCUUCAGGCUUCAGGCUUCAGGUGUCGGAUCGGGGCACUCUAACAUUUCUGUUAACCGUCAUCUCAUUAAUAAGCUUCAAAUCCACCGUCCCGUUUCAAUUUUCGUCGAAAAACAACGAUAUCGGUUAUUAUUUUACAUUCUCUGCCCGGGAGCCGAGAGUGAGUGCCGGCAUGUUGGUAGCUCAGCGCUUUGGGGAGGGAUGAGCUGCGUUCUGUUUGUUUUUGUUCUGCUCAGUUGAGUUCUGUUGGUUCGGUCGGCAAAGUCAACAAACAAUGAAGGUGAAAAAUCUUGUGAAUUGGUUUCUUCUCCUUUCUAUACUCAGAAGUAAAAGGGGACAACCGCUUUCUUCUAAUCGCGCCAGAUCAAUUAAACGUCUGGCCGUGUACAACUUCCUGAAAAGGGAACGCUUUAGAGCAAAGUCCACCCUUCGUAUUGCUCUAGCGAAGAAAAAAAGGCGUUUUCAUGUGAGGCCCAUAUUUCUGGAUCGUGAAGCAUAUGGAGCUUGGACAACCCUCAUACCUAUUAUGAGAGAAUUCGAUCGUGAAGAAUAUUUCAGGUUUAUGCGGAUGACUCCGGAAAGCUUCGAUUAUCUGUUAGAAAGAGUUUCUCCUCUUAUACAGAAAAGAAGUCAGCGGAAACCCAUCAGUGAGGGUGAAAGACUUGCCAUAACAUUAAGGUAUCUUGCAUCUGGUGAUAGCAUGGCUUCUUUGUCAUACUUGUUCCGAGUAUCAAAUCAGGUCAUAUCUAACAUAAUAUUGGAGACAACUGCUGCUAUCUGGUUUGCUAUUAAAGAUGAGGUAUUUGAGCCCAUUUCUGAGGAUUUCUGGAGAAGAAAAAGUGCAGAGUUUGAAAGUAUGUGGCAGUUCCCUAUGUGUGGUGGAGCAAUGGAUGGCAAACACUGCUUUGUUCAGAAAUUUCCAAUGCGGGGCUCAGAGCAUUUCAACUAUAAGUAUGGCAAUAGUGUUGUUCUCUUUGCUCUCACCGAUGCCAAGUACAAGUUCAUCAUUGUGGACGUAGGAGCAAGAGGACGUGAAAGCGAUGGUGGAGUUUUUGCCAGGUCAGCAUUCGGAAAAUUGUACAACAACCAUGAGCUGCAACUUCCACCACCGGCCUACAAUGAAGCUCUGAGGACACAUCUCCCUUAUGUAUUUUUGGGGGAUGAUGCUUUUCCCUUGGGUGUGCAUCUGUUGAAGCCGUUUAAGGGUGAUUUUCUCCCACCAGAAGAAGUUGUUUACAAUUACAGAGUCUCACGGGCUAGACGUGUUGUAGAGAACUCAUUUGGCAUCCUAGCUGCUCGUUUCAGAGUUCUUCGUAAAUCCAUAAUUGGAAGUGAGACUCUGGUGCAGAACAUCAUUCUAGCUUGUUGCGCUCUCCACAAUCUGCAUCUGACUAGAGAGGAUAGCAUUCCACCUAAGCAGCGUGUUUAUAUGCCCCCGGAAUAUGCAGACUUGUACAAAAGUAAUGGAUUCCUGAAGGAGGGCCGGUGGAGGAAGGAAACAAAGGAUGAGGAGCUCUGCAUUUUUAAGAGGUUGGUCCAACAGGAAGUACCGGAAGGAGUCCAUGUUAAUUUAGAGAGUGCACAUGAGGUUCGAGAAAACUUUGUUGAGUUAUUUGUGUCUGAUCCUUUACCAUGGCAAUAUGAUAAUGUGCCUGAUGUUUAAGCCUAGGGGCAGGACCCCUGUAGGAGAUGUGUAAGGAUACCUCUGAAAAAAUUGAUGUCUUGUAUUGAGUGUAUGUAAAUUGUUUAUUAAAUAGAAAAUACCACAAUUGUGAGUAGGUAGUCUUUGUACUUAUUUCAAAGUGGUACUUGUGCUCUCUUUCCUAAUCAUUAAGUACAAUAAACAAUGUAUAUUUAAAUCAAAGUAAUAAAAAGUGUGACAAAGUCAAGUUAAAAAUAAAAUUUGCUUGGGAACCCAAUUUACAAGUCCACAAUUAUUUUAAAAUAUACAAAGUCAAAAAGUAGACAACAAAUCUAUUAAAUCUAAUCCAGAAGGAAAAUGAUAGAUCCAAAAUAUUAAGAUAACUAAACAUAAAACAGUGAAAUAUGUUGACGAACACAAAAGACUAGUCUGUCAGGUACAUCGCAGGAAAAUGAAUGGAAGAUCUUAGUCAAAGUAGAUGGAAUCUCAAUCGAAGUUGUAACCUUCUGCUAGGUACUCAUCUGCCGCCUCAUCAUCUAAUUGAACUAUUUUGUUGAUGUGAGCAUGAACUUCCACCAUCAGCUUACCACUGACGGGCGCCCUUAUUCCGCGCAGGAGGCAGGCCAUUGUCUGGCCCCAGGCCCCAUACACAUCUAGGUC